UUACGUCAGAGGAAGCAUGUCUUCACAGAGCAGAGAAGUUAAGCAGUCAGUCUCAUACUCGAAGAUGUGGAAGAUGUGUUCAGCUGGAAUCAAACUUUUUUUUCUGCUCUUAUUUCCAUAUCAAGCCAACUGUGUGACAUUCCAGGAACCUCAGCCCUGGAUAGUCAACGUAGGCCAAAGAGUAGAAAUCAAAUGCAGCCACGAUGAUGACAGUUUAUACGUGAUGCUCUGGUACCAGCAAAGGGAUUAUGGAGCGAUGAGCUUAAUUGGAUAUGGCUAUGACACAAAUAAACCCGACUAUGAGCCGGCGUUUCAGAAUCACACCGAGAUUUUGAGGGAGACCAGAGUGAAAGGAGCUCUGAUCCUCCCCAGUGUCAAACUGUCAGACUCAGCUGUGUAUUUCUGCGCUGCCAGUACACAUGUGACAAACUACAACCCUGCUUACUUUGGUACUGGCACCAAACUGACAGUUUUGGCACCAGAUAGAAACAUUGAACCACCAAAAGUGAAGGUGUUCAAACCUUCAACAAAGGAGUGUCAAAAUGACAAACACAAGAAAAACAAGAAGACCUUGCUGUGUGUGGCCUCUGAUUUCUAUCCGGACCAUGUGAAUGUGUCCUGGCAGAUUGAUGGGGUGGACGUCAAAGAUGGCGUCGCCACCGAUCACUCUGCCCACUGGAAUGGUACACACUACCGCAUCACAAGCAGGCUGAGAGUCUUAUUUUCACAGUGGUUCAAGCCAGGCAAGAAUUUCACCUGCACCGUCAACUUCUUUGAUGGGGAACAGAUUGUUCCUUAUGUAGGCUGGGUCACAGGCAUUCGAAAUCCAGGAGCUGCAGCAAUAAGAAACAAGUAUCUGAAGACCACCCACAAUGCCAAACUGUCAUAUCUGGUUUUGAUCAUCAAGAGCAGCAUCUACGGACUCUUUGUGAUGAUCCUGGUGUGGAAGUUUCAGGGGUUUUCAAGAAAACCGAAGAAAGGAGAGCUGAGCUGAUCAACUGAGCUGCUUUCUGUGAAAACAAACAAACAUUCACAGUAUCCUAAAGCUUUGCUUUCCAUUUGACUUUCUUGAAUUUAGUACAUAAAUAAGUGGACAUCCUGUGCUGUCAUUAGUUGUUAUUCUGUUAGUUUGUUUAAGUGCUUUGUGCUCAGUUUGCUUCUUAAUAAAAGUACUCCUUAAACACACAA